AUGAAGCUGCAACGGAUCAACAUGCCCCCUCACCAACCCCGACGGCGCCAACCGCCGCUGCUGCCACUCCGACUGCCAAUCCAACCCAUCCCCCGGUAUCCCAACCACCACCUCCCUCUUCAUCCCGAAUACCCCAGUGCCGGCAAGCAAGCCCAGCCCGCCGCCUACGUCAGCGUCAAUAACUCAGUCGCAUCGUCCCUCGCACUUGAACCAGAGUCCGCGCCUUUCUCCUUCAGAUGCCAGGUCUGUAGCGGCGCAGGAUCAUCGAUCCCGACCUCAAUCCCAACCGCCGCCACCGCCGCCUCCACAGCCGUCUCAAGUGACCUCCGCGCCCAGUCCGGCCCUGGCGUCAGCACCAGCCCGCACGAGCGCACAGACUCAAGUGACAUAUCCUCCUCAGCUGGCACGUACCUCUUCGGGCCAUGUCCCGACGGUUUCUUCGCCGGCACCCGGCCCUCCUGCGAGGGUGCACACCCCCAGUCAUUCUGCUCUAGCUCCCUCGCCAAUCCCCGUGUCCUCGCCCUCGCAUGGUGCGAUCCAUACCCCUCAACAGCCGCCGUAUACCAACAAUGCGCAUUACGCUCCUCACAACGACUCGCGUUCACUUCAGGCUCCGUCGCCAAAACUGGAUUUGGGGGCACCCCCACGCCACAGCCUGCACCCGGCCAAACUCAAUCCCAUUCGCAACGACUGGCAGAUCCUCCGGCUGAAGCUGAACUCCCGCAAGGCUCAGCGCAGCCAUCCUCCGAUGCGAUGGACAUUGAUUCCAAGGAGCCGGUCGUCGCAUCAGCCAAGAAAGAGAAGGGCACAACUACCGCCUCUUCUUCGAAACCCCCCUCGCCCAAGCCGGUGCGAGUGGCCAAAGAAGCGCCCAAAAUCCCUCAGGGCUCCGGCUUGAUCACGACUGCUCUGUUUGGGGGAGUGGAUGGCUCGGCCAAGUCCGACGUGCGCAGCGUGCCCAACAUUGUCAUUCAUGUGCCGCUCAACAAGGGCAACCAGAUUAUCAAUUUUGCACAACUGGCAGAGGAACAGUACGGGUUUGCAGCACUACAUCCGCGAUUGGCGGCGCACAAGGAGCGUUUGGCACGUGUCGCCGCUGCCGGGGCAGCACUCGAGCGAAGCGACAAAAGUCUCAAGGGAAUCUCGGCUGGUGAGAGUGCCGACGAGGAUUUGAGUCUCGACGUGGAUCGUGAUAGCGAUCUCGAUGGGGAUAUCUCAAUGAUUGGCGCGAGCACCAACGGUGGACAGUCAGAAGCAAGUGACGGGAAGAAGAAACGCAGAAGAAAAGUGGAGGAAUACGACCGUGAUGAUCCAUUUGUUGAUGAUAGUGAAAUGGCAUGGCAAGAGCAGGCGGCUGCCAGUAAGGAUGGGUUCUUUGUGUACAGUGGACCACUUGUACCGGAGGGCGAAAAGGUCCAGGUGGAACGUGCGGAUGGUACGAUCAAACGUGGCCGUGGUCGCGGUCGGGGCACUGGGCGUGGUCGUUCCUUGACCUCUCAGCCCCAUGUGCCCAUUGCGGCGGCAGUCCCCAUCUCUCAAGAAACAGGUCUGCCAUUGCGAGGACCAGGCUCUCGGGGCGGUGUCUCGCGUCGUGGACGAGGCUCGAAGAAAACCGACACCUCAGACAAGCACAGUGACCGCAACGGCACUACUGCAUCGACCUCCCACGAAAGCCGCGGUGGACGUGGCGGCAGCACCGCUGGCCGUGGAGGCUCGUCCUCGCGGGGGGGCAAGAAUUCUAUCAUGUCGAUGCUGGACAUCGCGCCGGCUCCCAGCCAGCAGAGCCACAUGGGAGGCAUUGCCCCUGCAGCUGGUGCCAGUCCACUUGCUGGACCGGAGUUGGUCAUGAAAUAG